UGUCUCUGUAUUCAUGCUGUAAAAUGGCAGAAGCCAGAAUUUCAGUGGAUCAGAAUGAGUUCAUGUGUCCAGUGUGUCUGGAUCUCCUGAAGGAUCCAGUGACCAUCCAGUGUGGACACAGUUACUGUAGGAUCUGUAUUACAGACUGCUGGGAUCGGGAGGAUCAGAUGAGAGUCUACAGCUGUCCUCAGUGCAGACAGACCUUCAGUCCAAGACCUGCUUUAUCUAGAAACACCAUGCUGGCUGAAGUGGUGGAGAAACUGAAGAAGAAACUGAAGGAGAGGAAACGUCCGGCUGACUGUGAGGCUGGAGAUGGAGAUGUGCAGUGUGACGCCUGUACUGGAAGAAAAUACAAAGCUGCCAAGUCCUGUCUGAUGUGUCUGAACUCUUACUGUCAGAAUCACCUCGAACAACAUGAGAGCUGGUUUAGAGGAAAGAGACACAAAUUGACAGAAGCCACUGGACGACUGCAGGAGAUGAUCUGCCAGAAACAUGAGAAGCUCCUUGAAGUUUUCUGUCGCACUGAUCAGAAAUGUAUAUGUGUGCUGUGUACGAUGGAUGAACAUAAAAACCAUGACACUGUAUCAGCCGCAGCACAGAGGACAGAGAAACAGAAGCAGCUGAAGGAGACACAGAAGACGCUCCAGCAGAGAAUCCAGCAGAGAGAGAAAGAUCUCCAGCAGCUGAGAGAGACUGUGGAGUCUCAUAAGCGCUCUGCACAGACAGCAGUGGAGGACAGUGAGAGGAUCUUUACUGAGCUCAUCCGCUCCAUUGAGAGAAGCCGCUCUGAGCUGAUACGACUGAUCAGAGAUCAGGAAAAGACUGCAGUGAGUCAAGCUGAAGAACGACUGGAGAAACUGGAGCAGGAGAUCAAUGAUCUGAGGAGGAGAGACACUGAGCUGGAGCAGCUUUCACACACACAGGAUCACAUCCAGUUCCUGCAGAGUUUCCAGUCUCUCUCAGCACCUCCUGAAUCUACAGUCGGAAAUGAUGAUCCCUACAUUUCUCUCUACACUUUUGAUGCUCUGAGAGAAUCUGUCCAUCAGCUGAGAGACAAACUGGAGGAUUUCUGCAAAGAGGAGCUCAAGAAGAUCUCAGACAGAGCCACAUUCACCAACAUUGUUCCCAGAACCAGGAACGACUUCCUACAAUAUUCCCAUCAGCUCACUCCGGAUCUGAACACAGUGAAUAAACUCCUCUGUCUGUCUGAGAACAACAGAGUGAUUACUAACACUGGAAUAGUCCAGCUCUAUCCUGAUCAUCCAGACAGAUUUGAUGUGUAUCGUCAGGUGUUAUGUAGAGAGAGUGUGUGUGGAUGCUGUUACUGGGAGAUUGAGUGGAGUGGAGAAGAAGUGUUUAUAUCAGUGUCAUAUAAGAGCAUCAGCAGGAAGGGAUCGGGUGAUGAAUGCUUGUUUGGAUCUAAUGAUCAGUCCUGGAGUUUAAUCUGCUUUUCCUCCAGUUACUCAUUCAGACACAAUAACAUACACACUGUUCUCCCUAUAAAGCCCAUCAGCAGGAGAAUAGGAGUGUUUGUGGAUCACAGUGUAGGAACUCUGUCCUUCUACAGCGUUUCUGACACAAUGAGCCUCAUCCACACAGUCCAGACCACAUUCACUCAGCCGCUCUAUCCUGGCUUUUAUGUUUGGUCCGGAUCAUCAGUGAAACUGUGUUGAUGAAUCAGAGUAGACUGACGAGAUAUUCUACUCAUAAUGCUUUGAGCUGCAUGAUAAGUCAGUAACAAUGAGAUGUUAUAAAGUCUCUAAUUUUCCCUUCAUGACAUUAGUACUGCAGCUGAACUUCAGUCAGUUAAAUAACAUGUCAAAAUAAAUGUGUAAUAAAUCAUCAUAUAGACAGUAAGAUAAUGUAGACAACAGGUUAAGUAAAAAAAAGAAUAUUUAAUAGAGGACAUUUAUUGAACCAAAUUGACGCGCUACAUGCAAACAAUGUUCUUUGUUAUUUUCAUGUCAAAAUAAAAGUUCAUUUGUAAUUAUUUAUCUUUUAAGAACAAGCAGAAGAUUUGCCAGUUUCUCCAGUAGUGGGCGGAGCUAAUGCACAAACGCAAUCUCAUUGGCUGGUGCUCAUCUAUUACGUACCUGUUUUGAUUUUUGUAAAUCAGUUUGAGUGAAUGCUGACAAUGUGAUUAAUUUUCAUGAACCAAGCAUCUCAUCGAUCCUUAGUGCGUUGUAUAUCGUUAGUAUAGUAGUAGAAUUAGUAGUAGUAUUAUCUUUUAAUAAUAAUUUCUAUUAUCUAUUGCUAUUUUUUUUUUACAGAAACCCUAAAUUGACAAAUAUGCAUUCAUACAUGGUUACCAGGUUUUAGUUCUAAUCACUAAAUUUCUAUAAUUAAAUAGUGCUUAAUUAUCAUAAUAUCAUUACAUAAUGCUUGACUGAAUAAUUAAGAAUCUAAGAGUAAAUAAGUGUUUGAGUUACUCUGCCGUUCAGUUCUGUUGAUCUACAUCUGAUGUUCUGCUCUAUAUCUAAGUUUACUUUAACCUCCUUCAGAAAGAGACAUGAGAAAUGCCCUGCGUCUUCACUUUCACAGUCCUGUACCUCUGUUAUGAAAAAGCUCUCUGAGAAACCGAGUUGAGCUCUAAAAUCCCAAAGAAACUCCAGAACGAGUGGCUUCAGUGCUGGAAUAACAAUACAGUCUCUCUCUCUCUCUCUCUCUCUCUCUCUGAGUGCAUUCUGGAAGUGUGUGGGUGGAGCUGGAUGUGUGUGGAGUGAGAGAGUUUGCCUGCGAGUUGAGUGAGUUGCUCCAUUCUUACUGUCCCUUCAUUAGUUGGGUAGAGCUGUUAGAGAUUGUUUCAGGGUUUAACUACAGUUAAGGAAAGUAAGGCUCUGUUAAUCAGCGUGUGCUGAUUGAAAUGGCACCGCCUGGAAGUGUGAUGCUUGAGUUUAGCAGUCGCACAGGUUGUUGGCCACAGAAGUGUUCUGUCAGCAUCAAGAAAGAACAGCACAAUUGUUUAGUUCUUAGAUGACAUGAAUAAAGUUAAUGAGAUCAUUGAGAGUGGAAUCAUCAUAAAAGAUGCUUAAACCACAGACUUUGAUGCAACCUGCGACAAAAUUCUUACUGUCAUAUGUUCCAACAUUUAUCAAAGAUGAAGUGAUUGAAACAGAAUGGGCAAGGUGCACAAGAUGGCACCAUGGUUAUUUAUCUUAAGGGAAAUAAUAAAAUAUGUUGUGAAAAUAAUGAUGAAACAGACUGAUGUAUGUGUACAAUUGAGAA